AUGACCAGCUCCGACAUGGCGGAGAACAAAUUCUAUGAGGACCUGCAUGGCCUCCUGGCGACUGCGCCGAAGGCGGACAAGCAGAUUGUCCGCGGUGACUUCUGUGCGCCAGCGUCGGGACAAACUACGCUGCCUGAGGGGGAGGACCGGGCCAUCACGGAAUCGGCGAAUGCAACGACAAUGGUCUUCUCCUUCUGCGAGCCUGGGCAGAACAUAGCCUACUCCUGA